GGGUGUAAGAAGUUGCUGCUUUGCUCCUAUGCUGUUUAUGGUAAAGCAAGACAACAAUGUUCUUUGGCUGGAGGGUGAUUACUCUUUGCUUUCUGCUUCUCUGUGAUGUGCCCAACUCUUCAGCUGAUGCCCCCGGGCAGUUGCCCAAUUCAUCGAUUCAACCUGGAUCUCUUGUCCCUGUAAAGACAAAUGACCCCACAGUUCAAAGAGCUGCUAGGCUUGGGGUUUAUAAAUACAACAACAGUUCAAAUGAUCUCUUUUUGUUCAAAGAAUCUCACAUCAAUAAAGCCACGAUGCAGAUUGUGAAAGGAGUGAAAUACAGACUGGAUGUCGAUAUCCGCCGGACUGUAUGCAGCAAAAGAAUACCGCAUCCCAACUUGGACAGAUGUGAUUUCCAGAAGAACAAGAUACUGAGAAAAAUAUUCACAUGCUAUUUUGAAAUCUGGUUUAUCCCUUGGGAGCAGAAAGUCCAUGUCUCCAUCGUCAUCUGCCACUUACCUCUCUCUAAUAAAGUCUAUUGAUGUUGCAUGUUAAUUUUUUAUCAACUGGUACACCACAACUUGUCCAUAAAGACACUGGACUGCAAACAGUUGUGGGUUCUUUUGCUUUUCUUUGCAUAUAUUUUAAUGGAGAGUGACAAUUGUAUAUAUGAUCAUCCUUUUCCCACCUGUCUUGCUGUGGAGAAAGUAUCAGUAAGUCCUUGUUGUGCACAAUGUGUCCUGGCUUUCAUGCCUCAGAAACAGAUCCGAUAAGGGAUCCAAGGAGGGAGGUCCAAGGAGGGCAAGUGACAAAAACAGUUUCAUGCCAUCAGCUCCACCCCUUUUGUAGAGGCACCAUGAUGAUGCAUGCAGGUACCAAAGGGGAGCACAUGUAACACAAAAGAACGAGGCUGCUUUGGUCAUCUUGAUGAAAGCGUCAGAUCUUACAGAUGCCUCUGAGACAAGAUGGAAUCAGUAGAUCAGUUGUGGUAGAACAAAUACAGACAUUAUAUAGCAGGGUUCCUCAACCUCAGC